AUGUAUGUAUAUAAAGAAAUACCAUUUAUAUACUGGACUCUGUUGGUUUUCCAUCAAUUUGUUGACGAAAUAAAUAUAUUUCAGCUGGUUCUGGGUGGGCCAUUUCUCCCUCAUAUUGAACACAUUAUUCGCGACAGAGCAGCAUCCCUGGAUUCACCAGUAGUGUCAGCAUCUGAUGCUGGGAAUAGAUGUUCUAUAAGAACUGUUGGCAUGCUUGAUGGCAGACCUUGCCAAUCAUGUGAUAUAGCAAUAGAAGUUGAGAAAGACUUGGAGCUGUCCUGUGAAUUACUUGGUGUAAAACUGCGCAUGCUUGGAAGUCACCAACUACAGAAUGCAGCAACUGCUACUUGUGUAGCACUAUGUCUUCGUAAUUUUGGAUGGAGAAUUUCUGAUGAAUCUAUUAGGGCUGGCUUAGAGCAUACAUGCCUCCUUGGAAGGAGUCAAUUCCUAACAAAUGAAGAAGCUAAGAUGCUAGGACUUGCUGGAGCAACGAUAUUGCUUGAUGGAGCCCAUACCAAAGAAUCUGCUAAAGCACUGAUGAACACUAUAAGGAUGGCAUAUCCAGAGGCUCGAUUAGGUUUUGUUGUUGCUAUGGCAAGUGACAAAGACCACGUAGGUUUUGCCAAAGAGAUUCUCUCAGGGGAGCAUGUAGUGACUGUUGUAUUGGCUGAAGCUGCUAUUGCCGGAGGUGUAACUCGGAUGAUGUCGGCUGCGUCUUUGAAAGAUUCUUGGAUUCAAGCUUCUGAAGAACUUGGCAUUGAAAUUGUUCACGAAGGAAUAGCAGGAUACGGAGAAUUGGUAAAGGAUGAAAUAAUCCCUCAUGUCAGGGAUUUGCAUGAUCAUAGAACUGUAUUGGCUACUGAGGGUUGUUUAAUGAGUUGUUUGAGAACCACAGGCAGGAUUUUAAAGAGGAACAAGGGGGUUGAGAGGGGUAUUAUUGUCAUUACAGGCUCUCUGCACAUUAUUUCCUCAGUUUUAGCUUGUCUCGGAGGUGAAAGCUAAUUUGCAGCGAAGCUGUUUGGUAUACUGGAUUUCGUUUCAGUUAGCAAUCAUUUCAUUUCGUAGACUUAA